AUGGGUCAUGAGGCAGGGGGAUAUGUGGGGCAGGAAGAUAAGGGAAUGAGAGGAUGUGGAGAGGCUGUGAAAGAGGACCAGCUCCCACCCGGCUUUCCAAACAUCGACAUGGGACCCCAGCUGAAGGUGGUGGAACGGACGAGGACGGCAACCAUGCUGUGUGCGGCUAGCGGGAACCCGGACCCCGAGAUCACGUGGUUUAAGGACUUUUUACCUGUCCACCCCAGUGCUAGCAAUGGAAGGAUAAAGCAGCUGAGAUCAGGUGGCCUCCAGAUCGAAAGCAGCGAAGAGACCGAUCAAGGGAAAUACGAAUGCGUGGCUAGCAACAGUGCUGGGGUGCGGUACUCUUCACCCGCAAACCUAUACGUGAGAGAGCUACGAGAAGUUCGCCGCGUGGCCCCUCGUUUCUCCAUCCUGCCUGUCAGCCACGAGAUCAUGCCCGGUGGCAAUGUAAACAUCACCUGCGUAGCCGUUGGUUCACCCAUGCCGUACGUGAAGUGGAUGCAAGGGGCAGAAGAUUUGACUCCGGAGGAUGACAUGCCGGUGGGCCGGAAUGUUCUGGAGCUAACGGAUGUGAAGGACUCGGCCAACUACACUUGCGUCGCCAUGUCCAGCCUGGGUGUCAUUGAAGCUGUCGCACAGAUCACUGUGAAAUCACUUCCCAAGGCACCAGGGACUCCCGUGGUGACAGAGACCACUGCGACGAGCAUCACAAUCACCUGGGACUCGGGGAAUCCUGACCCGGUGUCUUACUACGUUAUCGAGUACAAAUCAAAGAGCCAAGAUGGUCCCUACCAGAUCAAAGAAGACAUCACUACCACACGCUACAGUAUCGGGGGGCUCAGCCCCAAUUCAGAAUACGAGAUAUGGGUGUCGGCCGUGAACACCAUCGGGCAGGGGCCCCCAAGUGAACCUGUGGUGACCAGGACUGGAGAGCAGGCCCCGGCGAGUGCCCCCCGGAAUGUCCAGGGUCGGAUGCUGAGUGCCUCCACAAUGCUCAUCCAGUGGGAUGAGCCCGAGGAGCCAAACGGGCAGAUCCGAGGCUACCGGGUCUACUACACCAUGGAACCGGACCAGCCUGUCAGUAACUGGCAGAAACACAAUGUCGAUGACAGUCUCUUGACCACAGUGAGCAGCCUUCUGGAAGGGGAAACGUAUACCGUGCGAGUCCUGGCUUUCACUUCUGUAGGAGACGGGCCGCUCUCUGAUCCCAUCCAGGUGAAAACACAGCAAGGAGUUCCUGGACAGCCCAUGAACUUCCGAGCCGAGGCCAAGUCGGAAAGUAGUAUUUUAUUGACAUGGAGUCCUCCCCGCCAGGAUAUGAUAGUGAAGUAUGAGCUCAUCUACAGAGGAGAGAACCAGAAGGAGGUUUCGAAGACCUUUGAUCCCACCUCUUCAUUCACUGUGAGAGACCUGAAGCCCAACACAGAGUAUGUCUUCCAGCUAGCCGCUCGCUCAGCUUUGGGCCUUGGGGCCUACACCCCGGAGGUCAGGGAGCGCACGCUGCAGUCUAAACCGUCCGCCCCCCCUCAAGACGUAAAAUGCGUCAGCGUCAGAUCCACAGCCAUUCUGGUAAGUUGGCGGCCCCCUCCGGCCGAAAGCCAAAACGGAGUCUUGGAUGGAUAUAGCGUCCGCUAUCGAGCCCUGGACUCGGAGGACACGGAGCUGCGAGAGGUGAACGACAUUGCCCCAACGACCAAUCAGAUCCUCCUGGAAUCGCUGGAGAAGUGGACAGAAUACCGCAUCACCAUCGCCGCGCAUACGAAAGUGGGGCCAGGCCCUGAGAGCUCACCAGUCAUCAUUCGUACUGACGAAGAUGUGCCUAGUGCCCCGCCUCGCAAGGUGGAAGUUGAGGUUCUGAAUUCGACAGCCAUCCAAGUGUUCUGGCGUUCACCGGUCCAGAACCGCCAGCAUGGGCAGAUACGUGGCUACCAAGUCCACUACGUGUGCAUGGAGAACGGAGAGGCCAAGGGCUUGCCCCAGAUCAAGGAUGUGAUGCUGGCUGAUGCUCAGUGGGAAACCGAUGACACUGCGGAAUACGAAAUGAUCAUCGCUGGGUUGCAGCCAGAGACGGCCUACUCGAUCACGGUCGCUGCCUAUACGAUGAAAGGGGACGGUGCCCGCAGCAAACCCAAGCAGGUCGUGACAAAAGGGGCAGUCCCAGGAAAGCCAAUCCUGUCUGUCCACCAGACCCAAGAAAACACCCUCCUUGUAAAAUGGGAGCCCCCCUUGGAUGCGGAAGGCCAAGUAUCGGGGUACCGCCUGCAGUUUGGCCGCAAAGACAUCGAUCCCUUGGCCACUUUGGAGUUCACGGCCCAGGAGGAUAAGUACACUGCCACCAGCAUCCACAAGGGCGCCACCUACGUUUUCAAGCUGGCUGUGAAAAGUCGGGCCGGUUUUGGGGAGGAAGCCAUGCAGGAGCUCACCAUACCGGAAGACGUGCCCAAAGGUUACCCCCAAAUCCUCGAGGCCAGCAACGUCACCUCCAGAUCAGUGCAGUUCAACUGGUUGCCCCCUGUCUUGGCCGAGAGAAACGGGGUGAUUGUCAAGUAUACCGUGGCCUACCGGGAGGCCGGAUCUUCCGGCAACCCACAGGAAAAAGAACUUCCCCCGUCUCCCGAGAACGCAUACGUGUUGAACGGCCUCAAGCCCAACACCGCCUAUGAUGUUAAAAUCCGAGCCCACACCAAUAAAGGCCCCGGGCCGUACAGCCCAACUGUCCAAUACCGGACAUUCCUUCUGGACCAAGUUCUGCCCAAAAACUUCAAAGUGAAGAUGGUCACCAAGACGUCGGUUCUCCUGGGAUGGGAGUUCCCCGAAAAUUACAACUCUCCUAUUCCGUACAGGAUCCAGUACGACAACGGUGGGAAAGACAUUGAGGUGGAUGGCCGCGCGACCAAGAAGCUGAUCACAAACCUGAAGCCCCAGACUCACUACCGGUUCAUCCUGACCAACCGCGGGAACACCAUGGGGGGUCUCCAGCAAAACGUGGACGCUCGGACCGCGGCCAGCCUGUUGAGCAAGAAGCCAGAGGUGACCUUUGGGCAUGACAUCGAUGGCAACGUGAUGGUGAAUCUAGUGGACGCCAAGAGCUCAGACUCUGCUGUGCAAGCUUAUUACCUAGUGGUGGUCCCCUUAAAGAAAUCCCGGAGUGGGCAGUUCCAGAAUCCAUACAACAGCCCUGAAGAAAUGGACUUGGAAGAGUUGAUCCAGGACAUCUCCAGACUGCAGCGCCGCAGCCUCCGCCAUUCCCGCCAGCUGGACCUCCACAAGCCGUACAUCGCUGCCCGCUUCCUCUUGCUGCCUAGCCACUUCACCCUCGGGGAUAUGAAGCAUUACGACGGGUUUGAGAACAAGCCCCUGGAGGCAGGGCAGAAGUAUGUCGUUUUCGUCCUGGCGGUGCUUCGGAAUACAGAAGCGACAUACGCAGCCAGCCCCUUCUCGGACCCAUUCCAGAUAGACAACCCCGACCCGCAGCCGAAGAUAGACGGAGAGGAAGGCUUGAUCUGGGUAAUCGGGCCGGUCUUGGCCGUGGUCUUCAUCAUCUGCAUCGUCAUCGCCAUCCUUCUGUACAAAAACAAGCCAGACAGUAAACGGAAAGACUCUGAGCCAAGGAUCAAGUGCAUGCUGAACAACGCCGAGAUCACCCCGCACCACCCCAAAGAUCCCGUGGAGAUGAGACGCAUCAAUUUCCAGACCCCAGAUUCUGGUCUGAGCAGCCCUCUCAGUGACCCUGAGUUUGACUUUGAAAGUAUGCUCAACCACCCACCAAUCCCCAUUUCAGAACUGGCAGAUCAUACAGAGCAUCUCAAAGCCAAUGACAACUUGAAGCUCUCUCAGGAGUACGAGUCCAUCGACCCUGGUCAGCAGUUCACGUGGGAGCACUCCAACCUGGAGGUGAACAAACCCAAAAACCGGUACGCCAAUGUGAUCGCCUACGACCAUUCCCGGAUCAUUCUGCUUCCUAUCGAAGAAUCUGGCUCAGCUGGCUUCUGUGAGCCAUUUGGAGGGGUUUGCUCUGCACACCCUGGCCUCUGCAAACGGAUUGCAUCAGCUGCCGUGUUUUUGUUCUUUUGUGACGUCUUCUGUUGCUGCUUCCCACAGAACGGCUCCAGUGAGAAACGCGAGGUCCGCCAGUUCCAGUUCACGGCCUGGCCGGAUCACGGCGUCCCCGAGUAUCCAACCCCAUUCCUGGCCUUCCUCAGAAGAGUGAAAACCUGCAAUCCGCCUGAUGCCGGCCCAAUCGUGGUGCACUGCAGUGCGGGGGUUGGCCGAACGGGCUGUUUCAUUGUGAUCGAUGCCAUGCUGGAGAGGAUAAAGCAUGAAAAGACAGUGGACAUUUACGGGCACGUGACGCUCAUGCGGUCACAGAGGAACUACAUGGUGCAGACGGAGGACCAGUACAGCUUCAUACAUGACUCCUUGCUAGAAGCCGUCGCCUGUGGAAACACAGAGGUGCCCGCUCGGAAUCUGUACACCUACAUCCAAAAGUUGGCGCAGAUCGAAGUUGGGGAGCACGUCACGGGCAUGGAACUGGAGUUCAAGAGACUCGCCAACUCCAAAGCCCACACUUCAAGGUUCAUCAGCGCCAACCUCCCGUGCAACAAGUUCAAGAACCGCCUUGUCAACAUCAUGCCAUACGAGACCACGCGGGUUUGCCUCCAGCCUAUCCGGGGAGUUGAGGGCUCCGACUACAUCAACGCCAGCUUUAUCGAUGGGUACAGGCAACAGAAAGCGUACAUCGCCACCCAAGGGCCAUUGGCAGAAACCACAGAGGACUUCUGGCGCAUGCUUUGGGAGAACAAUUCGACCAUUGUGGUGAUGCUGACCAAACUUCGAGAGAUGGGUCGGGAAAAGUGCCAUCAAUACUGGCCAGCAGAGCGGUCCGCGAGGUACCAGUACUUUGUGGUGGACCCCAUGGCCGAGUACAACAUGCCUCAGUACAUCCUCCGGGAGUUCAAGGUCACCGACGCCAGGGACGGACAGUCGCGGACCGUCCGCCAGUUCCAGUUCACCGACUGGCCGGAGCAAGGCGUGCCAAAAUCCGGUGAAGGCUUUAUCGAUUUCAUCGGGCAGGUACACAAAACCAAGGAGCAGUUCGGACAAGACGGCCCGAUUUCUGUCCACUGCAGUGCGGGGGUGGGGAGGACCGGCGUCUUCAUCACGCUGAGCAUCGUGCUGGAGAGAAUGCGCUACGAGGGAGUGGUGGACAUUUUCCAGACGGUGAAGAUGCUGCGGACACAAAGGCCCGCCAUGGUGCAGACAGAGGACGAAUAUCAGUUUUGUUAUCAAGCAGCGCUGGAGUAUCUGGGCAGUUUUGAUCACUAUGCAACAUAAAAACGAACAAACACACAAAAAGCCAUCCAUCUUGCGGACUCUUUUACCACUUAAAGUCCCCGGAAGUCCCCUUCCCCAGCUGGAGAGGUGAGCUUGACCUUUUUUUAAAAAACAAACAAACAAACAACCACAAACUGAAUCAGAAGAACGUUUCCUUUUUUAUUUUCGUUUUCCAUUUUGGACACUCCAGUGGGGAAAAGAGGAGCGAGCCAGGAAGUAGUAGAGGAAAAAAUAUACUCACAACAUCCCCUAUGGCUCCGGGACCCCUGUGCAUUUGUUUUGGUUGUUGGUUUUUUUCCUUUUCAUUUUUUUAAGAACCUGGACCGCAAAGAGGGGGGGGCGGCUCAGGAAGAAGAUUCCUUUUUAAGUGGCGAACUUGUUCUUACCUCAUUUGGUGUUCACGGUGUGGAAGUGACGGCAGCACACAGACAGCGCAGAACUGAUCCAAACACUUAAUGAAACUUUUUUUUAAAAAUGAGAAAAUACCCUUGAGAGGGCCCCCACCCCACGCACCCACCUUGGAAAACAGCAGCCUGGUUUUGGGGGGGGGAAGCCGAGAGAGGCUGAAGAAAGAUCGCCGAGGAAAGGAUUGGACCGUGGCAAUGAGGAUAUUGUUGUAGGCUUCAGUUUACAUACUAAUCUAGUUGAAAAAUCUUUACAGGAAGUCACUUGCAGGUUCGCCAAAGGUCGGGGUGGGGAGACGAGACACACACAGAAAGGCGGUGAAUUAUUUCGCACCAAAAGAACACAUCGUACAAAGGUUAUCCAGGGGAAACUUCUGUCCUUCUGGAAGACUCGGGGUGUUUCUGCCACCAUGCAAACGAGGGGGGGAGGUCUCUCUGCCCCCUCCACCCAUUCUCAUAGCUCAUCCUUUCAAAACUUGGAACAUUCCCCAUGUAUUCAAAUUCCUCAGUUUUCUGUGUCAGAAAGCAAAACCACCAUGCAAUAAAGAGUCUCUAGGGGACCCGAAACACAGGAUCUCGAAAAUGAGGGACGGGCAUCCUCUUUUUUUCUAUACAUCCCUCCCCCCCACCAGCCCCACAUCUCCCUGUGCUCUGGUCAUUUUUGGUUCAUUCCCACUUACCUCCCCUUUUCCAAUACGAGGUAUGGAAUGUGUUUUGUUUCUAAUGAAGGGAAUCCUCUACUCACACUGCUGAAUCCACUUGCACAUCAAAAUGAAUUUUUCCGACCACGUAUUUUAGUGGGUGUGUCCCUUCCCGUACCCCCAAUGCCAAAGAGGAAAAUGGCAGAGAGGCCCACAUGGGGAGGGGGUCGCCGAGCAAGGGGAGGCAAUUUGUACUGCUAGCAGGAUUAGACCGAAGCAAAGAGAAAUGGCUGGAGGGAAUACCUGCG